UAUUCUGAAAAAAGGAGGUAUGAAAAAAAUUAGGUCUGAAGUGUUUGAUCAAAGGCAAAGCAGAAGUGUUGUAUUCUCAAAGGCAAAGCAGAAGAAGAAGAAGAAGAAGAAGAAGAAGAAGAAGAAGAAGAAGAAGAAGAAGAAGAAAAUUAGAUAUAUCUAAACUCGUCGGGUCGGGUCGUAUAUCAGUAACUGGUUGAUGAACCAUUAGCCUUGCAAGAUUUGGGGUUCGAAGUUCGAACUUUCCUACUGUCUUGGACAGUUAAAAAGGGGCCGUUAAAACUACGCUCUGAUAAUUGAGACAAAUUGACAGUGGCUGCAGUUAUGCUCAGUCAACAAGGACAUUUCACGUGAUAAUCACAUAAUCUCAAAAUAAAGUGAAUAGGUACGGUUACAUUUCCUUGUUACUUACUAUUCCCUUUCAUUUAUCUCAAAAUCUCUUGAAAAUUCUUCAUUUAAGUAAUUACCUAAUAAACUUAAGGGCAGUUUAUAAACAACACCCAAUUAAAAUUCAUAAUUUCAUAUAUACAGAUUUAUACUUUAUUUUUCCUAUAUAAAAAGAGAAGGAAACAGAGGAAGAAGAAGAACACAAGUAAAACCUCAUUUGUAUCUCUCUAUCUCAAUCUCAAAUAUAAAGGGGUUAGAUAGAGAGAAAAACAAAACAAAACAGAAAAUGGGAAGAUUUGGGGUUUUAUUAUGUGCAGAAGAUUCAGAGUUUGUUAAGAAGAGAUAUGGAGGGUAUUUUGGGGUAUUUGUUAGAAUGCUAGGAGAAGAAGGAGAAACAUGGGAUAUGUUCAAAGUUUGUUCCGGUGAGUUUCCAAAAGAUGAAGAACUUGAAUUGUUUGAUGGUUUCGUCAUUACUGGGAGCUGUAGUGAUGCUCAUGGCAAUGAUCUUUGGAUCGUUAAACUUUUGAAUCUUCUGAAGAAAUUAGAUUCUCUUAAGAAACGUGUUCUUGGUAUCUGUUUCGGUCAUCAGGUCUUGAGCCGUGCAUUAGGAGGUAAGACGGGGAGAGCUGAAUCAGGCUGGGAUAUUGGAGUUACAAACAUCAAUCUUUCAACAUCUUCAAGUAUCUGGGAGUCCCUCAAGAUCCCUACUACGCUCUCCGUAAUUGAAUUUCACCGUGAUGAGGUAAGAGAAUUGCCUCCAUCAGCUAAAGUGAUGGCAUGGUCAAGCAAAACGGGAAUUGAGAUGUUUAUGUCCGGGGAUCACAUGAUGGGCAUACAAGGUCACCCGGAAUACACCAAAGACAUACUUCUUAACUUAAUUGAUCGCCUCCUGGACCGUAAUCUCAUUCAGGAUUCUCAUGCUGAGACUGCCAAAGCAAGUGUAGAAGCAACAGAACCAAGCAGGGAGGCAUGGAUGAAGCUGUGUAGGAGCUUUCUCAAAGGUCGUCUAGUCUUGUGAUCCCAAACGAGGAAAAAGAAAAUGAAUAAAGAAAAAAGGAAUCAAUCCCUGAAAGUUGAUUUCAAGUUAUUUAAGGGAAAUCAGAGUAUGUAAAUUUAUUAUUAUUAUUAUCAUCAUUGGGGAAGGUUUAUUUAGAAAAUUGACAAAUUAGUAAUUUAUGGAUAGAAGGGGAAAAAAGGUCAAUGAACUAGUAGUAGCUCACUUUCAACCAAAACACCAGAACAGCAAUUGAUGAUGACUAAUUACUGUCUUUUUCUUCUUCUUGUUGUUUGUUUUUCUAUUUGAUAAGACUUGAUUAGUAAUUAUUAUUUUUGGUUUCUCGA